UUAAUCAGAUUUGCAGAGGGGUUUCAUGCAGAACCCGCUCAGCCAUACGUGCGCGAGAUGUCACCUUCAACGUGUCGUUGCACUGCGCUGCACGUUAUCACUUUCAUAUUUACAUAGAAUGCACACCGUUUUAAUCAGCCCGAUCGUAUUUGUAUAUCCAGAGUUGAAACGACGAAAAAGCGACAACGGCGGCUUGGACUUGGACGACUUGGACCUCACUCGACCGCCAUCUUGCAAAAUUCCCAUGAUGCCACGGAGCUUGCAGGAGAAGUUCGAGAAGGAGGAGGGCCUGAAAGCAUAUCUUUCGACCAACCUUGAAGGCCGACUCGCUCUGACGGCGGGAGAGAAAUUGGACCACGACGCUCGUAAGCACCAUAGUGAAAUCUGUGGUUGA